CAUACCCGCUAGUUUCAAUUUACCUACUUAACAAUAUAACUGUUGUAUAAAAAAUGCGUGCGUUUAUAUAACGUAUCAUAUAUAUAUAUAUAUAUAUGUAUAUAUAUAUAUAACAGUUACAUUGUUGAGAAGGACAAUUAACAAGUAUGUUACAUGUUGAAUUGCGUUCGCUGAGGUUACGAGAUUAUUUCAUACAAGCUGGGGGGACAACAGUGACAUUGUUUAGCAAAAAUUUCUGAUAUUGCUUACGUUUGCUAUUAAUUAGUUGUUACGUUUUGCUAUUAAUUAGUAUUUAAUUGGAAACUUAGUCGUUACUCUUGAAACUUAUCUCACGUGGGACCUAAAUUUGAAGCUAUCUGAGAGAUUCUCAGUUGAGUUGUAUAACGAUAUAAUAAUGUUACGUUCGUAAUUGUAGUUUAACCGAAAAACUCGCAUCUAUCCCUAAAUUGAAAUCCACGUAUGUGUCACUUGGGACAGGUCCUGAAAUAAAGAUUGUUAAUACCGACAUAAGUCAUGAUUCUUCGUAAGGUUAUGCAAUGUCUGACAAACAGACUCCGUAGCGAUACACGACUCAGAAUUAAAUCAAUAUACAGCCGUGUAUGUGUCGUUAUAGAGAUACCUUUUAAACAAAGGUCUCGAUAUCGAACGAGCCGGCCGCGACACAAGAGCGAGUAUGUCACGGCGACGUAGCGAAAAAAAACGUCGUCUUCGAGCCGACGUUCUUUUUGUUAUUCAUUAUGACAAGUUUGCCUCUUCUGCCGGGAUACACCUUCCGCGACGUCAGCGUAAGUAUCCGAGUAAUCGUGCGCCUCUUUGUAAUCAGAUUCUCUUUGUUUUUUAUCGGAGAAGAAGUCGAACGAAUUUUUUUUCGUGGUCAUCAUAUUUUUAUAUUUCGCUGUUCCGAUAGCAGAUGGUUGACCCUCUCGUCCUUUUAUAAGCUUCAGGACUAUAAAUUGCCGCACAAGCUCGACAUUUUAAAUGGCUUUCCCGUGGUGCGCGAUACCAAUUACGGCACCGGAAGGAGGCCGACGGACGUGGCAUCGGCUGCACACGCCGAAGUGCCAUAUCCCGUGGAGUACGACCCCUCGUUGACUUACGGCCGGUUGCCUCGCUACGCGUACCGGCAAUUCGCGCCGCAUCGUGCUGUAUUCGCGCAGAAGUGCCUCCGCUUCAAGGCCUUCUUCCGCCAGAGGAUCUUCAAUUCCCCGGACGAGCGAUGUCGCGUCCGGCACGUGAACAUCGUCUACUUCCUGGAGGACGACACGGUCUGCGUGAUAGAACCUGUGCUGGACAACGCUGGUUUCCAGCAGGGCAAGUUGGUGAGACGCGAGAGGAUCCCGAAGAACGGCAAGGGCGAUCUGUUCAUUUGGAAGGACUUCAACGUCGGCAUUGACGUGUGCAUCUACGGCGUCGUCUACCACAUCACCGACUGCGAUCCGUUCACCCGGGAAUUCCUGACGAGCCAAGGCGUAGACGUCGGCCAGGGGGAGCCCGCUCCCGCGAAUCCUUACACGAAGCAGCGCGAGUUGCGGACGAUCGCCUCGAGCGAGGUGGUCGAGGACUCUAGGCGACGCUUCCUCGAGUACGAUAGGAUGGUGCUGUCUUUCGACGCUACGUGGAAUGACGAUCGUUAUCGGCUCAUGUACUUCUUGUCGGACGACACCAUGGCGAUCAGCGAGAUUCGCGAGCCCAACAACGGCAAGGAUCCCUUGGGGCUGCUGCUGAAGCGAAUGCGGGUGCCCAAGGAUUGGAGGAACCUGCCGCCGUCUUGGCAGCCGAGCGUCCGCGCGGAACGCGGGGAUCCCGAGAACGUGGAGUACUACACGCCACGAGACUUCCGAGUGGGCGAAAAGGUCCUGGUGCUCGGCCGAUGCUUCCUGCUGCACGACUGCGACGCGUUCACGCGCAAUUAUUACUCCGACAUGCUGAGGACGCCGCAGCCGAGCGCGAUUCCGUUGCCACUGAAGAUAGAGGGGCCGGCGGUGAGGUACGUGAUGCCGCCUCACAUCGACUUCGGCAGCCCCGAGGACACGUACGCCAGCUGCCUGUCGUUCAUACCCAAGCCACCGAGGAGGAACGUGAUCCGUCAAUUGGCCAACUUCCCGAAGAAGCUGCGCUACUCCGCCCGGAUGGACGCCGCGCACCCGGAGGACGAGGAGCGUGACUUCGUGCUGAUGUACAACCUGAGCGACGGCACCGUUCAGAUCAGCGAGCUGGAGAAGCGCAAUUCCGGCCGGCGCGAGGGUAGCUUCCUAUCUUCGAGGCUGAUCCCGAAGCUGAGGCCGGCCACCGGCAAGGACGAUCCGCUGUACUACACGCCGGAGGACCUCUUCAUCGGCGCGCGCAUAAACGUCUUCAAUCAUCGCUUCGUCAUCACCGGCGCCGAUCUGUUCGUGUACCGCUACGUCGAGGCGAAUCGCGACAAGUUCUGCGAGGAGGUGCGCGAGAACCUGCGGGAUUACUUCCGGCAGCAGGGGCUGCUUCGAGACGAGCACGUGACGGAUGUGGCGGAAGCCGAUAAUAGAGCGCAAGAGGCGGAGGAUAAGCGGCGAGAGGGAGCAGUCGCGGUAACCAGCGAGGAUCGCGUCGAUGCGAGCGAACGACGCGUGUGCGAAUUCGACGCGAAUAGCUGAUGUUGAUUUGAUCGAUCGAUCGAUCGGAUGCGCGAACGCGACGCCAAUGUCCAGUGCCGAUCGGCCUAUUAUUGAUUUAUUAUUGUUCAUAAAAUUACCGAUCAUUCCCCCAUGUCGUUCAAGCGGAGAUCGCAAUGCUCUACGCAGAACGAUUCUGAAAAUGACAAUAAACUUGGCAAGUUCUCGAAAGGAUUUCAAGUGAUGACGUUUACUUGAGUUUUUGUCUAAAAAAGAAGAAAAAAAAAAAGAGAUUUAUUCCUUGGCAUUCCUCGGACGAGAAUGCAUUCUGAACAAUAAUAAAUUUUACAAGUUCUCGAAAGAAAUUUCAGGUGACGCGAGAUGUCCGCUCGAAUCUUCACUGAGAAGAGAAAUCUACGCCGUGUCGUUCGCUCGAGAAUGACUCAGAAUCGCUCUGCUUCGUUAUAACGAUGUUGCGUCGCCCCGCGAAGGAUACAUCGUAAAAGUAAAAAGAAGUAGAGAACAGAGAGAUGCGUUUAACAAUAAGAAUCAUCAUGAAAUUUCAUCAAAUGGUACAAUAAUAAUAAUAAUAAUAAUAAUAAUAAUAAUAAUAAUUAUCGUCGUCAUCGUGUACAUUACAGUAGAUUAAUUGCAGUAUUAUUCACUUCGUUAUAUUAUCCUCAACUCAUUAUUUCUCUGUAGUUCAUGAAUAAUAUAAUAAUAGAUAUAUUCGUAAUAGAGAUAUAGAAUACGCGCUAAAAUAAACGCCGGUAAUCUUGUUUUUUUUUUCUGUAUAAUUCUUCGUGAAGCAUGAUGGUUAUAAAUACAACUGAAAACGUUGUAACAAGCCCCUGCACCUUAUUAACAAUUUAAGGGGGGAUUCGAUUCCUCUCGUAGCUGCAGGCACCAGAUUAAAUGUUCAUCGGUGUUGGAAACUAUAACCGAUCCAAAUGACACUUGCUUACAAUAAAGUGUUCUCGCAUA